AUGAAGAAUGUCGUUCGUCGCAAGUUGACGGGCUAUGUUGGUUUCGCCAAUCUGCCGAAUCAAUGGCACCGCAAGAGUGUACGCAAGGGCUUCAACUUCAACGUCAUGGUUGUCGGUGAAUCUGGGCUCGGAAAGUCGACUUUGGUCAAUACCCUCUUCAACACCUCCCUCUAUCCCCCCAAGGAACGCACUGGACCUAGCCACGACAUUAUUCCCAAGACUGUUUCUAUUCAAUCUAUCAGUGCCGAUAUCGAGGAGAACGGCGUGCGCCUGCGCCUGACGGUCGUUGAUACCCCGGGAUUUGGUGAUUUCGUGAACAACGAUGACUCGUGGCGUCCGAUUGUCGAGAACAUCGAGCAGCGAUACGAUGCGUACCUUGAGGCUGAAAACAAGGUCAACCGGACCAACAUCAUCGACAACCGGAUUCACGCCUGUGUCUACUUCAUCCAGCCCACCGGCCACUCGUUGAAGCCUCUUGAUAUCGAGGUCAUGCGCAGACUGCACACCAAGGUCAAUCUGAUUCCUGUGAUUGCCAAGGCCGAUACCCUUACGGAUGAAGAAAUCGCUGCCUUCAAGCAAAGAAUCCUUGCCGAUAUCCAGCACCACUCCAUCCAGAUUUUCGAGGGUCCCCGCUAUGAGCUCGAUGACGAAGAGACCAUUGCUGAGAACCAGGAGAUCAUGUCCAAGGUUCCUUUCGCCGUGGUUGGAGCCAAUGCCGAGGUCACUGCUGCCGACGGCCGCAAGGUCCGUGGACGUAGCUACCCUUGGGGUGUCAUCGAGGUCGACAACGAGGAGCACUGCGAUUUCGUCAAACUCCGCCAGAUGUUGAUCCGCACGCACAUGGAAGAGCUCAAGGAGCACACGAACAACAGCUUGUACGAGAACUACCGUUCCGACAAGCUUACCCAGAUGGGUGUCGCCCAGGACCCGAGCGUGUUCAAGGAGGUUAACCCGGCUGUCAAGCAAGAGGAGGAGCGUGCCCUCCACGAGCAGAAGCUCGCCAAGAUGGAGGCGGAAAUGAAGAUGGUGUUCCAGCAGAAGGUGGCAGAGAAGGAAAGCAAGCUGAAGCAGAGCGAAGACGAACUAUACGCACGGCAUCGCGAGAUGAAAGAUCAACUGGAACGCCAACGCCUGGAAUUAGAAGAAAAGAAGGGUCGCCUGGAAACAGCCCAGUCCAGCCAGCCUCCCUCGUCAGCGCAACUAGCUACUACUCGAUCUCGUCGAGGUCACCAAAAACGAACGCCAUUGUCAUAA